AAGCGAUCGAGACGCGUGUGGCAAAAGCAAAUGAGUGAGCAGUGAUUAAAGUUCAAGGAUCGGUGUUAAAUACAUACAGUAUAGAUCUGUGAUCGGUGAUAAGUGAUCAAUAGGAAUAUCAACGAAACAAAUAUGGAUAAACUCAAGUACAGCCGCUGUCCGCUCAAGAAGCGUCCGAUAAUGGUGGAGGAGUCCUGCCCAGAGGAUCACUUAAGUCAUGAUGAAGGACCCGUCGACUUGAGUGUGGCCUCAGCUGCAGUUCCAUUGGAACCCCAUUGGAUGGCCAAGGCGGAGCCGGAACCCCAAACAGUUCCUACAGAGCUGAGACGCCGAUUCGAUGCCGCCAUGAGUCAGACCAAAGAGCAGUUGGCUCGUCGGAUUUGGGAGGAAACCCGUGAGAUAGCCCGCGCUUUUCCCGAUGUUUUCACCCGCGAGGAAAUCGCCAAGAGUCUGGCUCGCCUGGGCUACGGAGAAUUCGAGUUGCCGCCGGAGGAGGAGGUUAUGGAACCGGAACCGGAACCAGAACAGCAAAUCCCCCUAGGCUAUGCCAGAGAAGCUAAUCCAAACACCAUUAUCAAAGUGGAACCCACUGAAGAGGAGCAUUUUCCCCUGCGAAACUACAAUAAUAAUCUGCUCAAGAGCAUAGCCGAGUAUGAGGAUUGUAUGAAAAUGCAGACUAUUAAGGAAGAGAUUGCUCCGGUUCCCACACCCCAGAUGUACUAUCCACCCCCAACUCCUCUGUCGGAACCCGAAGAUCUCUCGGUGACCCAGAGGAGGGUCCUAAGUGAGAAUAUGAAUCUGCAGAAUGUGGCCAGAGCUUUGCUCAGCAUGCAGCACAUGGCUCCCCAGCCGCACCCGCCUCCUCCACAGGAUAUGGAGGAGGAUCAGGAAAACCAGGACCUCAACCAGCUGAAGAUUAAGAGCAGCAAUGAUUUGUACUACCAGUGCCAGCAGUGCAACAAGUGCUAUGCCACCUAUGCAGGAUUGGUAAAACAUCAGCAAACACAUGCCUACGAAAGCACCGAGUACAAGAUCAUCAGAAGUCAGCCUGGAGGAUCGGGUCCUAUAGUGGAUCAAACCGAGUUCUGCACGGAUCAGGCCUCGGCUUUGAUCCAGGCAGCCAAUGCAGCAUCGGCACAGAGCAUGCAAAAGCCAGUGGGAGUACCAAGAUAUCAUUGCCAGGAUUGUGGAAAGAGCUACUCCACCUAUUCGGGCCUCUCGAAGCACCAGCAGUUCCAUUGUCCUUCGGCGGAAGGCAACCAGGUGAAGAAGGUGUUCAGCUGCAAGAACUGCGACAAGACCUAUGUGUCUUUGGGCGCUCUCAAGAUGCACAUUCGCACUCAUACUCUGCCCUGCAAGUGCCCCAUUUGCGGCAAGGCCUUCUCGCGGCCCUGGCUGCUCCAGGGUCACAUCCGCACCCACACGGGUGAGAAGCCCUUCAGCUGCCAGCAUUGCAAUAGGGCCUUCGCGGAUAGAUCCAAUCUGCGGGCUCAUAUGCAGACCCACUCGGAUGUGAAGAAGUACUCCUGCCCCACCUGCACCAAAUCCUUUUCGCGCAUGUCCCUGCUGGCCAAGCACCUGCAGAGUGGCUGCCAGAGUGAGCAGGGUGGAGGUGGUCCCAGUGGGUCAGCAGGUGGCUUCGACCAGCAGCAGCUCCAGCAGCACCUCCAGGGCUACGAGGAGGGUCACAAUCUUCACCAGGUCUACUAUGCCGGCAGUGUGGGCAGCAGCAACGGUGAGGAGGAGGAGGGAGGGGACUACCCCAUACCUCCACCACAGGUCAUCUAUUAAAUAUCCUUAACCCAUAACCCCUAUAACCUAAGUCAGUUUAGCCAAAGUCAGGGAAAGUCAGUGCCAAAAAUUAGUCAGGGCAAUUUUAUUGCCUCUUAGGGUCUCUAGUUUAUCAGAAAUAUUUAUUGAUAGUUAUACUCGCUAAAUUAUUCCAGUGCUCAUAUCGCAGUUGAGAGCUUAGUCUUAGAUUGUUUUCGUUGACAAUUCCUUGUAUUAUAAAUCGUUGUUAAAAUUCUUUCGUGUACAAAUCAAAAAGGUGCCAGAGAAUAAAUCCCAUAUAUGUA